AUGUAUACGGAUGACGAGCUACUGCUGCAAAAUGAUAAGCCCCCUUUGGAAUUUCGUCUCGGUAACCGGCUCAUCGUUGCUGAAAAGGCCGAGUUGUUGCUAGAGACGGUGUACCGCCUAGAGCUCAAACGACCCCCCUUGCUCAUUGCGCUGAUCCAACGAUUCGCUUCUCUUUGCCCCUGGGCAAGAGCACAUUGUCCCGAGUGGUUUUUACCAGCGACAGUUAUCCUUAAGAAGCGAAAGGCCGGCUGGGAAGCAGAGUUCGAAACAGAAAAACAAGCCUACGACGUCUUGAAGACGAUUCAGGGAACCAUCGUGCCGUAUUUCUAUGGCGAAGCUGUGUAUGAUGGAUCCCCAGCAUUGGUUCUGUCCCUCAUCGAGGGAGAGACCCUAACCCACCUUUGGCGCGAUCUCCCCGAACAAGUUCUGCAAAAGCGGUUUGAGGAGGCUCUUGGUGCUCUGACAUCAUAUGGAGUCCACUACACCGAUGCGAAGUUGGACAACUUCAUGAUGCGGAAUGACGGGCGAUUGAUGGUCUUUGACUUUGAGCAGGUGAAACUCGGAAGCACAAGGAGCUGGGAGGAAAGUCCCAAUCGCGGCAAUGUUGGUUCCAUAAUGAGAGGCUUGAAGAUGAGGCGCGUGCAUUUGGAGCGCCAGCAAGCCCUGGUUGGCCCUGCCUGGACUCGCCCACAUGGUUAA